UUUCACACAUUAAACAUAAUUUAUAUUCCAUACAACAAAGAGUCCUCAAAAUAUAUUUUGUGGCGUAUUUAAAACACAUAAUCUAACUUCCUCCCCAAAAUUAAUCGAUUUUUAGAACCGGUUCCAAAAGCAAGCGGGACCACGCCCCAUUCUCAUCACUCAUGGCUCGAAGACCUCCCCACCCUCGCGGUGCCCGCCUCCUCCUCUUCCUCCUUCCCUCCAUUGCCAUCAGCUCUCUUCUUCUCCUGCUCUUCCACCACCACCACCACCUCCCAUAUCUACUGCGCCCUCUUUGGGACUCCCCUCCCCUCCCCUUCACCCGCCUUCCCCACUUCUACGCAGAAAACGUCUCACUCCCCCUUCUCUGUCACCUCCACGGCUGGUCCUUACGCCCUUCCCCUCGUCGCAUCUUCGAUGCCAUCCUAUUCAGUAACGAGCUUGACCUCCUAGAGGUCCGCUACCGCUCCCUCCUCCCCUUCGUCCAUAGAUUCCUCCUGCUCGAAUCCAACUCCACCUUCACCAGCCUCACCAAACCCCUCUUCUUCCUUCUUAACACUCAUCGCUUUGAUUUCGCCAAAGAUAAACUCCUCUACGCCCGAUUCGCCCCCUUCACAAACCCCCAAUCUCCUCAACCCCCUUUCCGAAUGGAAUCCAUCCUUCGCUCCGCUGUCAAUUCUCUCAUCCGUCAAUCCGGGAUCGCCGACGGCGACAUUAUUAUCAUGGCAGAUGCUGAUGAGAUUCCAAGCCCGAACACCUUGCAGCUUCUUCAGUGGUGCGACGGAAUCCCUCCAGUGCUUCACUUGGAACUGAGGCAUUACAUGUAUUCUUUCGAGUUUCCUGUGGAUUUCAGCAGCUGGCGUGCAACGGCGAAUGUAUAUAGGCCGGGGGUUUUGUAUAGGCAUUCACGUCGAAGUAACGUGAUUCUAGCGGAUGCAGGAUGGCAUUGCAGCUUCUGCUUUCGGAGAAUCGAGGAAUUUGUAUUUAAGAUGGUGGCUUACAGUCAUGCUGAUAGGGUGCGGCGAAAGAGCUUCUUGGAUCAUGAAAGGAUACAGGGGAUUAUUUGUGAAGGAGGUGAUCUGUUUGAUAUGUUGCCUGAGGAGUACAGCUUCACGGAGCUGAUUAGGAAGAUGGUUCCGAUACCGAGAUCAGCAUCUGCGGUUCAUUUGCCCCGGUAUUUGAUUGAGAAUGCAGAUAAGUUUAGGUUUCUGUUACCUGGAGGUUGCCUCCGAACAGCAGAGUGAGGUUUCAGGUAUGGAUUAGGAGAACUUGAGAAGAUGGCGAACAUGAAGAAGGGCUACUGGAGGUUGAAUUUGGUCUGUGAGAGUUUGUUUAGAAAGUAAUAUUGGCGGCAAGUGCUGCAAGUUUCCGGCUUUAAGUUGGGGAAAUCCAUUUUUAUUGCUCUGAAGAAUGUUAAAAGACCUAAAUUUCAUGGUUUUGACGUUCCAAGGUAUGUAACACAUACAUUAUUAUAUAGCAUUUACAGAGUUGUUAUAUUGCAAAGCUUAU